GCGGCGGGAACGGCCACUGCUGCUCAGCUGGAACCUGCUCAGGGAGAGCGGACUCGCCUCCGUGGGCGGUGGGCUACGGGACACAUCCACGACCCCGGAGGACCUCGGUGUUCGCCUUGCGAACCCGCCGCUCCACCGGAUUUCCAGUUUUCUGUUACCAGAUGGAAAUUAGCUGAAAGGAUUUCAGAAGAACUGUAACAAUUGGGAUGUUGCGGCAGAAUGAUGGAAACAACAAGCAUUGUUUAUCAUUUGCCUGAUUCUCUCUAUGAAAUCUUUUUGCUCUUCCUAAUCCUGGAAACUGGGGAAUGGGGCAUUGUACCAAGAGCAACUCUUUGAGCAGCAUCAAUUCCAGCCCAAAUUGCUGCAACAGCCCCGUUAUUGAUCCAGAGUAUAUGAAGCAGUUGGUCAGUGAUGUCAGGAGGUUUGCAGAGUUGUUGCUCUGUUUGAAAGAAGCUUUCCUCUCAGAAGGAAUAUUCUUCCUGUGAUGCUGUGUGGCUGUGGAUCAUGGAAUGGCACUAUCCACAAAGAAUCAAAAUGGUGGAUAACCCCAGGGAGAAUGGGAAGACACCCAGUGGGCUGAAGGUGGUUGCAGCCCAAGAUAACUGGGGCUCAAGUGUCCUAAAGGGAAUGGUCCAGGAAGCAGAGGAUCAAAAAAGGAGGUAGGCUGGUCAUUUAGUGAAAUGAAGGAAUGCCAGAUGGAAUCAACAGAGUGGAAAGACCAAGAGGUAGAUUCUGUGUGGAAUACUCAUGGCAAGAUAUGCACUGCAUGAGAAGUUAUUUACUUUCAGCUCCUUAUACUUCUCAUAGGAGGAUGAGAUGCUGCUAAGGAUCCAAUCCUAUACAGGAGCGUAUAAGUAACAACACUUUUUAUUAUGCUCUCUAUGUUCUCUGGUCAGGACAACACAGAGUUUCGGGGUACAUGAAAUGUCUUUCAUAUUCAGUUCCAGCAUUUGUUCUGAAUGGACUCCUUGUCUCUCAAUUGCAUCCAUUUUGAAAUCAAGAUUAAUUACCUGCUCAGGAUUUCCCUUCUCAAGAAAGGAGCCCUUGGUUGUGGGGCAAGUUGGGCAAAACUGUCACCAGCUCAGAGAAAGUCAAGCUUGUCUGUAUAAUGUAGUUCAUGAAUGUCUUGGAGAGCUGCUGAGAAUUCUUCAGGCCAUAAUAAACAAACACCAGAUCCUCAACUCAGCUAAUAUUAGUGCUACAGGAGUAGUUAUUGCAAAACGGAAAGUAUUUUGAUUUCCUUAUGGGAGAUGUAGGCAGUAAUUCGUCUUUGGAACUUACUGUGUCUUUGAAAAAUCAGUCCUUGGAAAACAUUUCUCUGGAAUCAGUGGGAUUGCUUCAUGAAAAAGACAGUCUUCAAGGACCUCUGUGGCCUAAAGAACUGGAUAGCAUGCUUCUGAGAAAUGAUGAUGGAGUUGAAUUGGCUUUGUCAUAUGCUAAAAUGUGGUCAAAAUAUACCAAAGAUAUAGUUACGUGGGUUGAGAAAAAAAUUAGUCUGGAGUUGGAAUGUGCUAGAAACAUUGCAAAGAUGGCAGAGACAACUAAAAGCAUUAUUGGAUUCCAGGAGUUUAUGCCAUUCCGAGCUUUAUUCUUAAAUGCUUUUGAUAAUGAUAUUGAGAACAGUCAGCUUUCACAACAAACAGCAGCAGCUCUUCAAGCCAACAAAUUUGUUCAGCCUCUCCUUGGGAGAAAAAGUGAAUUGGAUAAACAGAGGAAAGCAAUUAAAGAGCUUUGGCAACGAGAACAGAAGAAAAUGCAAGAGACAGAGGCAUCUCUCAAAAAGGCAAGACUCUUCUGUAUACAACAGCAGACUGAAUAUGAAAAAGCCAAGUCUUCCACAGAGCGUGCUGAAGAGGAGCACCAAAGCUCAAGUGGAGGUGUUGGGAGAGAGGCCAGCAAGCAGUUAGAGAAAAAGCGGAGGCUGGAAGAAGAGGCUCUGCAAAAAGUUGAAGAAGCAAAUGAACACUACAAAGUUGUUAUGAUAGAUAUGGAAGAAAGGCAAAAUGAUAUAGACCAUACUAAAAGUGAAAUUUUAACACAACUUCGUGAACUUGUUUUCCAAUGUGAUCUAACUCUUAAAGCUGCAGUGGUAAACCUCUUCCAGUUGCAACAUCAGCAGGUUGUGUCUCUUCCAGUUAACUACCAGUCUCUCUGUGAGAAUGCCAAGUUAUGUGACCCUGGGCGAAAGUUUGCAGAAUUUGUGAAGGCAAAAACUUCACCCAAGGAUGAUGUUCACAUUAAAUCUAGUUUUUUUGAGAAUUCCAAAAUUGAUGGAUUUUUAAGUAAGGGGUCUACAAAUAAUCAACAUCGGUCACAUGGAAACGUAUCUCAGAAUUCUGAAAACUGUACAUUUCAUUUAUUAGAAGAUAUUGGCAAGCCUGUUUACCAUUCCAAAAAAAUUGGAGAUAAGAGGUCCUGUAGCAGCCUAGAUAUCCCAGCUGUCAGAGUGCGACCACCUCCUGUCAGAUCAUGGUCAGUUGGUCAUCAAGGUGGUGGAAUGUGCAGUGAUUCAGAGAGUGCUGGAGGAAGCAGUGAAUCAAGGUCCAUGGAUUCUCCUUCUGCCAGUCCAGGGGAUUUUAAACGUCACCUUCCUCGGACACCAUCAAUGGGGACUAUGUCUUCUGCCGAUGAGCUAGAUGAAAGAGAGCCACCUUCUCCUUCUGAGAUUGGCUUAAAUGAGCAUGUGCCUGAAAUUAGCAGUUUCCCUGGACCAUUUAGAAAUGCCCUCAGGUCAAAAGCUGCUCUCAGCCAUAAGCUUCGGAAGCUGAGGACUCCAUCUAAAUGCAGGGAAUGUGACAGCCUAGUCAUAUUCCAUGGGGCAGAGUGUGUGGAGUGCUCCCUUGCUUGUCACAAAGCAUGUUUGGAAACCCUAACCAUUCAAUGCGGGCACAAGAAACUUCAUGGAAAGUUACAUUUAUUUGGUGUGGAAUUUGCUCAAGCUGCUAAAAAUGCCCCUGAUGGCAUCCCCUUUAUUAUUAAAAAAUGUACUUCAGAAAUCGAAAGCCGAGCCUUGAACGUGAAGGGCAUCUACCGUGUGAAUGGAGCUAAAAAUAGAGUUGAAAAACUCUGCCAGUCCUUUGAAAAUGGAACGGAUUUAGUAGAACUUUCAGAAUUCUCUGCACAUGAUAUCAGCAAUGUUCUUAAGUUAUAUCUUCGUAAGUUACCAGAACCCUUAUUUUUGUUUCGUCUUUAUGAUGAGCUUAUUGGUCUUGCCAAAGAGAGCCAGAAUGUAAAUGAAGACUCAAAACCAACAAGCCCUGAAGCUGAGGGUGCUGAACUAAGUAAAGUCCUGAAGAAAAUCAAAGCUCUUCUAAAAAAACUUCCAGGACCAAACUAUAAUACUAUUGAGUACCUUAUUGGCCAUCUUAAUAGGGUGGUCCAAAAGGCUGAAGAAAACAAGAUGCCGGCCAGUAAUCUGGGGAUAAUAUUUGGACCAACUCUGAUCAGGCCUUGGCGGACAGAUGCCAAGGUUUCCCCUUCCUCACUGGUGGACUACCCUUAUCAGACUCGAAUUGUGGAGCUUCUUAUAGCUUAUUUUGUGAAGAUCUUUGAUGUGUCCUUGCAACCACUCUCAACUUCUUCUACCAAUGAAAGCUUCAUCCUCAGACCUAGAAAGCCUCAGUCGUGUCUUGCUUCAGAGGAAGGCAUCCUACCUUCUCAAGAUGAGAGUAAAAUUUCAGAAACAGCUGCAUCAUUUGAAGGAUCACAUGACCAUAAAAAUGCACUAGAAGGAGCUGAUGCAUCUGUGAUCGAAAAUGCUAUGUCUUUGGUUUUUGAUGAGACUGAAACCUACCCCUUCAAGAACAGAGAUAAGUUUAAAGCUAAUAGUCAUUCAAAUGUAAAAGGUAAUCAAAUAACCUUGAGAUCGCCAAGGAUAAAGACAUCAGUUAGACCUGUGAGUCUGCCUGUAGAUCAGUUCCUUCCUCCAAACUUUUUCAAUGAGAACAAUUCCAAAAAUGUGGGAACUUUAAAUUCAGACAAAUUUGUCAGGAGUUCAACCAUUGAAGAAAUAUCUGAAACAAAAUCUUUUCCUAACUCAUCCUCUAGACUUUCUUGUUAUGACCCCAAAACUUGGGACAAGCAAUUCAGACAAUAUGAUACAAGUACAAGGACUACAGUGAUUAUACCCAGUGCACUCCAGGAAAACAGAGAACCAGAGAGUGGUGCUACUUCUGUUUUAUCUCUCAAUUCUGAUAACCCUCUGUCCAGUGCCAUGCAGCUCAGCCAGGCAGACAUGGUACCAGUCAGGGCGACUAGAAUAAUAGCAGAAGGAUGCUCUUCGGAUUCUAAUCCUCUUCCUGCUUUCAGGCCACGGAGAACUUUGCAGCCCCCACCAGGGACAUUUUAUAAGCCACCUCCCAACAAUAAGGUAAAGGGAAAUGGAGAAAGUUUUCCAGAACCUUAUACAUCAGCACCUGUUAGUGUCAAUCAUGAAAAUACUGUGGAUUUUGUUGUGAACUCAGAUUCACCUGGGCAGUGGGUAAAUCAACCCAAAGCUAGCCUUGAGGAACUCCAUUCAUCUGAUGUGAAACCAACGUGCCAGAGACUAAGACCAAAACGGAUUCAAGACUUAGAGCAAAGAGAAGCACAGUUCGUAUAGGAUUGCCAAAUUUUGUGUUUUGUUUUUAUUUUUGGUUGAGAGAAAGGGUACUAAGAGUAGAUUGAAUAUCUUCAUUGGGACCAGUUUUGUGCUGUAUUUGAAUUAUUUUUAAAGGCUUUAUUUUAAAAGUUGGGCUGGGAGGGUACUAUAAACUAAAAUGAAGUUGUUGUUUGGUUUUUUUUUCAUGAGAGUUUAUUUAAAUGUAUCUCCAAUAAAAUGCAGUUCUUGAGCUAAUAAGUGCAAUUGGCAAGACUUAAAGCUUCAAUUCCCGAAGUGGAUCUAAAUGCUUGUUAUUUAUAGGGGAAAAAAACAGUAUUUCUUUAUGCAAAGCUUAAAACUUUUUUCUGUAAAUUAUGUGGUUUUUAAAAUAAUCUGACAGUUUAAACACUUGUACUUUGUUGUAUAAAAGCUUCAGUUUUUCAAUUUGUGCAGUGUCAUGUUUUUGUUCCUUAAUAGAUUACCUAAUGGCCAAACUUGACUUAUCACUGUAUUGUAUGUAUUUUUAUGCUUAUGUUUUCGUUUUUGGCAGUUUUUAUGUGUUGUCAUUUUAAUUGUACCAAGAAAAUACACUUACUAACUUUUUAAAAAUCAGACUUAAGAUCUCCUAAUUCCUAAAAUGACAUAUGAUUCAGAAUCUUAUUGUUGUUAUUUGUCCUUAAUACUGGAGGAAGACCAAAAUGACUUCAUGAAAUUAGGGUCAGUUUGCAGUGUGUCUCGCUGUGACUGUUAUGCCAUUAUGAGCUUAGAAGGCUCUAUCACAUGUUGAGCACAAAUAGUCUGUAUCAUUUGGGAUGGGGAGGUAUCCCUAAAUUUGUGCAUCUCACAUUUCUUUUGAACCACCACAAUUCUGCUUUGCUCAUAGAACAGAACAUCUUCUUUGACGCUGGCACACGAUACUGGAUGAUCCUGUACCUUGUCUCCCAUGUCUCAGAAUCAACACCAACGUUCUUCAGAGAAACCUUGGGAGUGUCCUUGUUUUGCUUCUUCUGAC